AUGGAGCUUCACUUCCAGCAAAUUGUGAACCUGUACACCGGACUCGGAGCCCAGAAUGUCGUCUCCCGUCAGCCGUCAGGCUCAAAUGGCCCCCGAAGGCCAAGCACUGCCGACCCGCCGGCAUUUGUCUCAGCAUCAUGCGCCCAAAGGAUUACUAUGAAUGUCUUUGAUAGCUCCACUUCAGCUACACAAAAAUCUAGCCGACUGACUUUUUUCUUCGGACCGCACCUCUCAUUACGCACAAACAGACGUGGACGGAGUCUGUGCUCUGCCAAAUGGUGGUUCGUCACAUUCUGGUCCACCCUUCUCGGCUGCUGCACUCUCGCCGGCCUCAUACCUGCCGGCACGGCCCUUCAGGUGGAUACAACUUUGGGCAAAAUCGAGAGCCGUCAGGUCACGGUACAGAUUGGCCAAAGGUCUGUCACAGUCGAGGAGUUUCUAGGCAUCCCUUACGCCAAGCCGCCGGUCAAUAGUCUGCGAUUCGCGCCACCACAAUUGGCCGACUCCUGGGCUCCGAGAAUUUUGUACGUAACUAUGGGAGUGGCAAUUUUUACUCGACUUUAA